GGGUCCCAGUCAGCGGGGCCGGGCAAAAAGGAAGGCGCUCCGGCCGGUGCUGGGGGUGGGUAGGAGGGGGGAGAUGGAGGCGCUGGCUGCGCCUAGCGUGGCUGCGUCUCUUCCAUGCGCGCCCUUGACGCCGGAGGAAUUGCCCGGGCAGCGGAAUUCGCCGAGAGCAAAGCCGAAACUCGUCAGCUUGGAGGAACUUAUUGCAUCCAAACCAAACAAAACACCGAUUCAGCUGUUGCUUGAAUAUGGCACAAAAGCUCACCUUAAUCCUGAAUAUGAAUUUGAAAAAGCCGAGGGAGAAGUACAUAUGCCCGUUUUCACCUAUAAAGUCACCAUAGGUGACAUCUUUGCCACAGGAGAGGGUCCCAGCAAAAAGAUUGCAAAACACAGAGCUGCUGAAGCUGCACUGAAUAUUUUGAAAAGCAAUCCAAAUAUCUGUAUUUCUAUGCCAGACCAUAUAAUCCCUGAACCUCUCAAUCAAGCACAGAAUCAGACCAAUCCGAUUGGAUCGUUGCAAGAACUGGCUAUGAGAAAGGGUUGGAGAUUACCUGAAUAUAUACUGGCCCAGGAGACUGGGCCACCUCAUAAGAGAGAGUUUGCAAUGACUUGCAGAAUCGAGACAUUGAUAGAAACAGGUAUGGGAACAUCUAAAAAAUUAGCAAAGCGAAAUGCUGCUGAGAAAUUACUUGAAAAGUUCCAGAGUUUUUGUCAAGAUAAUAUCACAAUUUCUUUAGGAAAAGAACAAAUGCAUAAUUUGGGAUGUACCUGGGAUAGCUUAAGGAACUCUUCUGGCGAAAAAAUUACUAUGUUGAAGAUAAGCUCCCUCAGUAUUCCCAAUACAGACUAUAUUCAGCUCCUUGGAGAAAUUGCAGAGGAGCAAGGCUUUAAUAUAAAAUAUUUGAACAUAGAGGAGUUGAGUGUGAAUGGACAGUUCCAGAGCCUCGUAGAACUUUCGACCAUUCCAAUCAUAGUUUGCCAUGGGACUGGAAUCUCCUGGAGCAACAGCCACAAUGAUUCAGCCCACAAUGCAUUACAGUAUUUAAAAAUAAUGGCUGGGAGGAAAUAACCUUGAAACAGGGAAAAAGAAUGAACAUGGGUACAUAUAUAUAUUUCCAAUUUCCAAAUUAUUGAGGCUUUUUUUAAAGUCACAUCACAACCUCUGCAUUCAUAAUUGUGUAUUAUAAAGAAAAUGUAACUUAAACCUAUUAUGAUGUUUUUGUUUAUUUAUUUUGGAAAGCUAAAAUCAGGAAAACCAAAAGCCGUGAACAGGGCAUGAGACAUAUACCCUGCAACUCUAUAGCGUUUGAUGAAUCUGAAUUCUCAGUACCGAAAUAGUUAUUAGUCUGUCAGCGGCUGUUCCCCCAAAGCAGCCUCAAAUUCCAUUGCCUCCUUUCUCAGUAUUGUUUUGUACAGGGAUGGGGCUUGAGGCAAACUUACAGAAGAGUGCAGUGUGUUGGGAGAAGGAAUAUGUUUAAGAAUGCUGUGCAUUGGGAGCAGGAAGUCCAGCUCAUUCUUCUGUUUAUUUCUUACAGCAUUAAUAUAUUGCCUUAUGAAACUGACUAGGUAUCUCACAGUGAAACCACAAAGCAAAACACAAACCAUAAGUUCAUCAUAGUUUCAUAACAUCUUAUUAAAAGUAGAUUAAAAUUGAAAAAUCCAACUCUGCAUAAAUCUGCUAGUUUCUUAAAAAAUCAGAUUCACAUCCAUAUCCAUAAGGCAACCCAGCAUGUAAAUAAUUCAAUCCCCCCCCCCCAAGCCCAGUGAAACAAAACAACUUCAGGGUUCACCCGAAGAACAGUGGUGUGAUCCUCCAGACUCCAUUAGAAGAUAUCACCAAGCAAGGCCUGCCUCUUAUCAUUCCCUAGCACCCCAUAACAGGCAAAUUGGGACACCAACUGCCAUUUCAAUCAGCUGACAUUUCUAUUAUUCCAAACCUACUGUACAGCCAAAUUCAAAUAUCCAGCCUUCCCCCAAUUUGACUCCCUUACAAUCAGGAAGGGAAACUGUUCCCUAUCCCAUGGCUUAUAUAUAUGAUGAACUCACUGAAGCAUCAAGUAGUCACAGGCAAGCCCUUCACUGCCCUUAUGAUAGUCAUUGUCAGAGACAGACUAUAGUAAGAGAUGACCUUGGAGAAAGAAUGUGACCAUUAGUAGAAAGUGAGAUCAAUCCAGGAAAAUAAAGUGUGACAGAGUCUGAAGAGUUUGAUUUUGACAGUCUUGGAAUAAGGGGGGGGGGGGGAGGAAAAACACUGCCAGGUUUCAAAUUUUUGUUAUUCCAGUAUAAUCUACAGCAGCAGAGUUUUAGUAUUUCUUUUGGGGGGCUUUCCUGACUUGGCCUACCUUGAAGGGCUGACAAGAGAGUUGUAGCUGCUCUCUUCCCAGGCUGCAGUUUCUUCAAGCAGCUGAUACCCUCCUUCCCUUUCACUGAAACUGACAGUAGUGCCAAACGAGCCCCUUACUGAAUUUGUUAAGUCUCCCACUGUAGUCCUGCUUCCACAUGCUAUUCUGGGUCUGCAUGGCAGCAGAUAAGUUGUAAUGUGUUAUAGCGACAAAGAAGGUGAUAAUAGUAAUAAUGUGCAUCAACUGGAAUUAAGGUGUCACAUUGAUAGUGUCUUGCCAUUUUCAGCAUUCCCUCUUCUAGCCCUUUCCUUCCCCCAGUUCACACGUUCUGCCUUCUACUUUCUACACUUCUUUUGUAUCUGUCACUUGAUGUUCCACACAAUUGAGUUUCACCAGCUUUCCCAAUUCUCUGCUUUUCCAUUCUGUUUGAUUUACAAAUACCUCCAAUCACAUCUCAUUCCUCAACUCCUCAGGAACUCCCAGGAUGAAAAACACCCAUACCAAAAAAGAUCCUUCCUCCAAAAUGCCAAAUAUAAAUCACUAGCUUGCAAAAAUUGCCCAGCAGAAUGGUAAUAUUUACCAAUCACAUUGAGCAUUGUUCAUCUAUUCACUCAUACACUUCAUAUAUGCACCCGUUUUGCCUUACAGCAAACACGUGGGAUAAUGUACACUAGCUCAAAACCACACAAUGAAUUUCGAUGACUAAGGGUGGACCUGAAUCCAAAUCUCCUGAGUCCAGGUUUAGCACCCUAAUCGCUGUAUUAUUGUCUUGUAUGUCAAUUUAGCUUUAACUCUUGUCAUUCACGGAAAUAAUAAAAGUGAUUUUAAAGAUUUGCAGUGAAGUAGAAAAUCUUGUUUCCAUUCAUUCUUUGUGAUAGGCUUACAGGCCAGGUGAGGAACCGUCAUAAUUUGUGUUUGGUGGUUGGGUUGCAGAUUGGUCAUGUCUCCUAUUAUACAGUUAAAGCAGUACACUAGAUUACAAUCACAUUACAUGGAAAAAAGAGCAACAUGAAUUAUGACCUAAAGAUAUAUUUUACAGGAUAUUAUGAAAAAUUACCAACUUUUU